AUGGCCACAAAAAGCACCAACUCAAAGAAAUACCUCCAGCUGUUCCUUUUUCAGGUUGCUCUUCUAGGGCCUGUAUUCUGUGGGAAGGUGUUGGUCUGGCCAACAGAAGGCAGCCACUGGCUGAACAUGAAUGUGAUUAUCCAGGAGCUCAUCCGCCGUGGGCACAGCAUUACUAUCAUGGUGUCCAAUGCUACCCUCUUCAUUACACCCAAGGCUAAGACUGUUGAGGAGUUUGAAAUCUAUAAUGUGCCCUACAAGAAGGACUUCCCUGAGAGUCUGAUUAAUGGCAUAGUGGCACUCUGGCUCAAUAACAGGCCAACCAUCUUUACCUUCUGGCAGUUUUACAGGGAGCUGGGAAAACUGUCCGUAGGCUGGCAGAAGCUGAACAAGCUCAUGUGUGAGGCAGUGCUAGCUAACCAAGAGAUGAUGGCCCGUCUGCAGGGGUCUGGCUAUGACAUGGUGCUGUCAGACCCGGUAACCCCCUGUGGGGAACUCCUGGCUCUCAAGCUGGACAUUCCCUUUGUCUACUCACUACGUUUCUCCCCAGCCUUCACUCUGGAAAGGCACUGUGGCAAGAUCCCAACCCCAGCAUCCUACACGCCUGCUACCCUGUCUGAGCUCACUGACCACAUGUCCUUUGGUGAGAGGAUAAAAAACUUUGUGUCUUACCACCUGCAAGACUACGUUUUCCGGACCUACUGGGGACAUUGGGAUAUCUACUACAGCAAGAUCUUAGGAAGACCCACAACCCUGUGUGAGACGAUGGGGAAAGCAGAGAUAUGGUUAAUCAGAACGUACUGGGAUUUCGAAUUUCCACGCCCUCUCCUGCCCAACUUUGAGUUUGUUGGAGGACUUCAUUGCCAGCCUGCAAAGCCAUUGCCAAAGGAAAUGGAAGAAUUUGUUCAGAGCUCAGGGGAACAUGGCAUUGUGGUAUUCUCCCUCGGAUCCAUGGUCUACAACCUAAGUGAUGAAAAAAGCAAUGUGAUUGCCAAAGCCCUCAGCCAGCUUCCACAAAAGGUCCUCUGGCGGUACAAAGGGAAAAAACCUGAAACUCUGGGCUCCAACACCAGGAUUUAUGACUGGAUACCCCAAAAUGACCUGCUUGGUCAUCCUUUGACAAAGGCCUUUAUUACACAUGGUGGGACCAAUGGGAUCUAUGAAGCCAUCUACCACGGGAUCCCCAUGGUUGGGAUUCCCAUGUUUGCCGACCAGCACGACAACAUUGCUCACCUGACGGCAAAGGGAGCUGCAGUUCGGGUGGAUUUCAGCACACUGACGACACAGGACCUAGUUGAUGCCCUGAACACAGUCAUUAACAAUUCCACCUAUAAGGAAAAUGCUCUAAGGUUAUCCAAGAUACACCAUGACCAGCCAGUUAAGCCUCUGGACAGAGCUGUCUUCUGGAUUGAAUUUGUCAUGCGUCACAAAGGAGCAAAGCACUUGAGACCAGCUGCUCACAAUCUCACCUGGUACCAGUACCACUGCUUUUUUUUUUCCUGUGCAGCCACUGUUGUCUUCAUUCUUGUCAAGUGCUGCUUAUGUUGCUGUAGAAGAUGUGGCAGGAUUGCAAAGAAGAAGAAAGAAUAGACAUCCUGUUCCCAUCAGCACUUUUUCUUCUCCUA